UGUUGGGGCAGUGACGUCAAGGUGUCCCGGAAGUAUUCUGUACCGGCAGGAGAGGUCGCCAAGAUGGCGGCGCCCAGGUGAAGGCUGAAAGGCAUGGCGCCGCGGUGAUCUUGGAUUCGCCCUCGCUCCGUUCCGGCUGAGGCGUCCUCGGACUGAGGCAAUGGCCCCAGGCGCCUCCCCCGCGGAGCAGCCGGGCUUCGGCGCAUCCCUCCUGGCCGGAGGGGUAGCAGGUGUCUCUGUUGACUUGAUCUUAUUUCCUUUGGAUACCAUAAAAACUAGACUCCAGAGUCCCCAAGGAUUUAAUAAGGCCGGUGGUUUCCGUGGAAUCUACGCUGGUGUUCCUUCUGCAGCUAUUGGAUCCUUUCCUAAUGCUGCUGCAUUUUUUAUCACCUAUGAAUAUACAAAAUUUUUAUUGAGAACAGAUUCCUCAUCAUACUUGGUCCCAACUACUCACAUGUUGGCUGCCUCAGCUGGAGAAGUGGUGGCCUGUUUAAUCCGUGUUCCUUCAGAAGUUGUAAAACAGAGGGCACAGGUGUCUUCUGCUUCUGGGACAUUUCAGAUUUUUUCCAACAUCCUGUACCAAGAGGGCAUCCAGGGAUUAUAUCGCGGUUAUAAAAGCACUGUUUUAAGAGAGAUUCCUUUCUCUCUUGUGCAGUUUCCUCUAUGGGAGUCCUUAAAAGCCCUCUGGUCACGGAAGCAGGACCACGUGGUCAACUCUUGGCAGUCAGCGGUCUGUGGAGCGUUUGCAGGUGGAUUUGCAGCAGUAGUCACCACACCUCUAGACGUGGCAAAGACAAGAAUUAUGUUGGCCAAGGCGGGUUCUAACACUGCCAGUGGAAAUGUUCUGUCUGCCCUGCUUCAGGUCUGGAAGACACAAGGGAUCUCUGGGUUAUUUGCAGGUGUUUUCCCUCGCAUGGCAGCAAUCAGCUUGGGAGGUUUCAUCUUUCUUGGUGCCUAUGACCAAACACGCAGUUUGCUGUUUUGACUUGGCAAAGCAAGCCCACGAAUCCUAUACAAAGGC